CGCUAACCGAUUGUGCCACUGGAGCUCCACGCUCAUGGCCGAAACCUAAGCAUCUCAUAGAUCAUAAGAUUUUUAUGAAAUUACCGUCAGCUUGUAUGAUUUUGUUGUUGGCAAGCAAUCUUGGGUUUUAGAGUGAGAUUUCACUAUGAGCUGGUGGGAUGCAUCUGGUAUCACCAGUCUUGCCUCACAGGCAUUGAAAAAUGCACAAAAAAAGAUUGACAAGGUACUUGACAUUGAAGAUGGCCCCUCUAAUAAAGAGAAAAAGAAAAAAGAGACUGGUGAGUCCAUCAGUAAAAAUGUGAUUGAAGAAAAGUCUGUGGGACAGGAAGGAGAUUUCUGGUCAGCUUGGAUGGGAACUGGAGGAAAGAAAGAAGCCAACUCAGCACCUGACCACCAUUCCUCCUGGAGUCUGCCAUGGUCAAACAGUGCUGCUGACAUCACGACUGAAACACUGGCACAGCAGAAGAGAACACAGGCUACAGAGGAUUCUGUUAGUGAAGUGAGAAAAGAAGGGGAGUUAUCAGAUGAUAGAGUAGAUGUGUUGCACGGUGUCGGCUUAGAUCACAACACAGCUCAGUCCAAUCAUGGAGCUGACACCUCAGACUGGAAAGAUUUUCCCAUUGAAGAGAGUAUGUUGGAAAAUGACCUUGAUGAAAGUUUACCUGAAAACGUUUUAGAUGUUCCACAAAUGCUGGAGGCCCAUCAUGAUGUGCAUGAGCCACACUAUGAUGUACAGGACACAACACAUCAUGAUGUGCCUGAGACAACACAUCAUGAUGUACAGGAGACAACACAUCAUGAUGUAAAGGAGACAACACAUCCUGAUGUACAAGAGACAACACAUCAUGAUGUAAAGGAGACAACACAUCAUGAUGUACAGGAGACAACACAUCAUGAUGUGCCUGAGACAAUACAUCAUGAUGUGCCUGAGACAAUACAUCAUGAUGUGCCUGAGACAAUACAUCCUGAUGUACAGGAGACAACACAUGAUGUAAAGGAGACAACACAUCAUGAUGUACAAGAGACAACACAUCCUGAUGUACAGGACACAACACAUCAUGAUGUACAGGACACAACACAUCAUGAUGUACAAGAGACAACACAUCCUGAUGUACAGGAGACAACACAUCAUGAUGUGCUGGGUACACAUCACCUUGACACUGCAACUGUAUAUGACAGAUUUAGCCUAGAGAACUGUGCUACAAGUUCAGGAGAGGUCAAUAUAACCCAGAAUGCAGCAUCAGCCAAACAUAUAUUUUCUCUAACAGAAGAAAACAGCCCAGCAGAAUUACAAAACAUUAGUAAUUUAUUACCAGUAGAAAAAGAUUUUUUUUCCUUAAAUUCCACAAGAGAAGGUAGUGCUAUACCUCUAACAAACUUAACUGAGGCUGUGGCACCCUUAAGUGAUUCUUUACAGGAGCAUGUUAUAGGAUCAGCUGAUGGAACAAUGGUCAGCACUACUGUACAGGGUGGUGGGGAUGACAUCUGUGAUGAGAGUCCAGCCGUCAUGUGUGGGAAGUCUGAGUUGUUGCUAGACUGUGUCAGCGUUGCUUCUCUGUGUGACCAGAGCUCAGACAGCAGCUCCACACUACACACUAGCACAGACAUGGGCAACUCAAGAACCAGCAGUGACCUCGACCUUCCUGAAGGUCAGGCCAGCAGCACGGGCUCAAGCUCUGAUACCAGCAGAUUUGACAGCAGCACGGACACAGUUGUGGACAGGUCAGUGGUGGAGCCGGACCCCCCGUACUCUCUGUUUGCAGAUGAUGCCACAGCAGAAGAUUCUGAUGAAAGAAUGAGUUCCUCCUACGUCAAGUGUAUGAUUGAAGAGGCCAUGGAUGACCUGAGCAAGACGGAAGACUCAGGCAGUGAGAACCAUUCCAGUGGAGAGAAGUCUGAAAGCUCCAAGGUAGACUCUGAGAGAAGUGCCUACAGUGGCCAUGAGUCCAGUGAUGAGAUUGAAACUACCACCUCCUCGGACAUAGAAAUUAUUUCAGCCCCGCACUCUAACGGGGAGUACCAGUCCUUUGAUUUAUCACCUCUGAAGAUAGCGCUCCAGAGAUCUGUGCAAGGUCAUGUGGGCUCUGACAGUCAGUCCAGCUCUAGUGCCAACAGUAAGGGAGAACUUGACCGCCUGAGUCCAGAGCGUGGGGAGGCCUCAGUGUGGCGGGAUGAGGAUUUUGCCCACCUUGCCAGUGAGGAAGCUUCAAACAAUCCUUACAACCCAAUGACAUUAUUGAAGCUGACUCAAACCAUUUUACAGCAGAAGGUGCAUGGGGGGCAGAAACUAGCAGAAAUGGCGGAGGUGCUACAGGCCAGAGAAAGCAAGCUGAUCCAGCUGAGUAAAGACAACCAUGAGCUCACAGAAGACAAUAACAUUCUCAGACAACAACUGCUGCAGCUGGAGGAGACAAGGGAAGCUGAAAGUGCUGACCUGACAGCCCUCACUCAGGAGUUCACAGCUAGACUUGGAGAGGCUGAGAAAAAGCUGCAGCAAGUCCUCAAGGAGAAAGAAUCACUCAAACAAGUAUUGGCAUCAACUGAAAAGGAACUGGAAAAAAGAUCUGCUGGCUAUGAUCUUAAAGCUCUGCUGGAUGAGAAGCAAGAACAAGUGACCCAACUCUUGGAAGAAGGAGAAAAACUGAGCAAGCAGCAGCUCCAGAACAGCAACAUCAUCAAGAAACUCAGGGCCAAAGAGAGGGAGACUGAUGCAACCAUUGCCUCACAGAGAAAAAAGCUGGAAGAUGUAACAAAAGAGCUGGAGAGGCUGACCUCUGUGUUGGAUACUAAGGAGGACAUGGAGAAGAAGCAAGCAGAAGCAAUAAACCAGCUAAACAGUGCUGUUCAAAGACAAGAUAAGGAGGUCAUUAAACUUAAGAGUGACCUCGAGGACUUGCAGGAAAAGAACAGAGGUUUGCAGGCAGCACUAGACAACUCCUACAAGGAGAUAGCAGAGCUACACCGCAGCAACGCCUCCCAGGACAGUAAAGCCCAGCAAGCUGCCCUCAGUGCUGAGACGCAUGUUAGGGAGGAGCUCAAGGCAGCCAUGGAGAGGGAGCAACAGAGGUUCCGUCAGGAGAGGGAGGCUUUCAUCAUGCAGGCAGAUGACCUGAGGCUAGAGAUGGCAAGGCUAGAGAAAGAACACAGCAGACGUGAAGAUUUACUUCGACAAGACAUCGCUCAUUUACAGGAUAGGCUGCAACAGGAUGAAGCCAGGAGUCAGGACCUAACACAGAGUGUAACCUCUGCCACACGACCCCUCCUGCGACAAAUUGAGAACCUACAAGCUACAUUUGGUGCACAAUCUGGAGCCUGGGAGAAAAUAGAAAAAACCUUGACUGACCGUCUUGCUGAGUGCCAGACAGCUCUAGCCUUGGCCCAGGAGAAAGAAAGAACAGCGCUGGAUCAGCUGAUGGAGCAGUCGGCCAAACUGGCCACACUAGAGGCCAGCAGCUCCAGGCUCAAGCAGGAGAAGGCCCAGCUCUCAGCUCAGCUGGAGGCUGAUAAGGCACAACUAGAGGAACUGGUGGAGUCCAGGAACAGCUUUGUGGCCCAGCAUGAAUCUGCUAGACAAAAAUUGAUGGUAGAGAUCAACCAGCUCAAAAUGGAUAAGAUCCACUUAGAAUCGCAGCUGACAGUAGAGCACACCAAGCUGGAGACAGAGCGCAAGAAAAUUUUGGCCUUGGAGGAGCAGCUGAGGUUUGCUCAAGAGCGUCCUCGCUCACGUGGGACACCCUCCCCUUCAUCGUCCCUGUCACUGAGUCGACAUGACAGUAUGAUAGGUAGUGUACAUGAUGGUCAGUCUUCAAUGCUGCAUUGGUCAUUCCAUGAUGAUGGGGAAUCUUCUGUGGUCAGUGGACCGCGACCUAGUGUCUACGACAGCCUGCGCCAGUCAGGAGCAGCUGUUGUUGUUGAGAAUUUAUCCUCACAACUUAAGCUCAAGGAGGGGGAAAUAUCCCAGUUACAGUCUGAGAUCGCCCAACUUGAGCGUACAAGAGAAUCAAUGGCAAGAGAGCUUGUGAACCUGAGUAACCAGAAUGAUGAACUACUGGAAGUUAAGGAGGCCCACAGACAACUGCAGGAGGAAUUCACAGAACUGAAUGGACGCUACAGUGCUAUUCUACAAAUGUAUGGUGAGAAAGAGGAACAGGUUCAGGAGUUGAGGUUGGACUUGCAAGAUGUGAAAGAAAUGUACAAAACUCAGAUUGAUGCAUUGUUGGCUAAGUAAACAUAAAUAGCUGUAUUAAACAGCUCAAGAACUACAGACAUGGGUUGACAAUAUUAUUAAAGUGAUUUUAUUUGUGUAUUUAAGUAAGUAACUGAUCAAAUGAUUAAAAUAGCAAUUAUUGGUGUUCUUAUACAAAUCUUUGGUAUCUUCAGAGAAUUAUGUUUAAUUUCUCUGUCAUUACCAAAUAAUUAUAAUCUAUUAUCAUUUUGAAUACAUUGCCACUGUAAAGUUGAUGUCAUGCUUCAAGAAUUGAUUGACCUCCCCUAUACAACUUUGAUGAUCAUUAGGUCUCACAUGUAGUGAAUGUAUCAACUAGUUCUUUACACUGCAUAGUUCAAAUGUUAUGAUCAUUACACUGCAUAUGUUUCUUAUGGCAGUGGCUAGUUUGUGCAUAACAUCUGAGAAUGUAAAAAAAAAAGGGGAGAAUUUUGUAUUUAUUUUUAUUUUUAUAUUUGAUUUUGCCAGACUGUGAUAGUGUUUUAGAGUGAGUCUCCUGUUUGUGUGGUUGUGUUUUAGAGUGAGUCUCCUGUUUGUGUGGUUGUGUUGUAGAGUGAGUCUCCUGUUUGUGUGGUUGUGUUUUAGAGUGAGUCUCCUGUUUGUGUGGUUGUGUUUUAGAGUGAGUCUCCUGUUUGUGUGGUUGUGUUGUAGAGUGAGUCUCCUGUUUGUGUGGUUGUGUUGUAGAGUGAGUCUCCUGUUUGUGUGGUUGUGUUGUAGAGUGAGUCAACUGUCUGAAAGUCUCUGUACAAAUUGGAACAUUUUAUUCCUGGACCGCCAUGUACAUAGCAGGGUUUGUAACUUGUCUUUCACAAAUUGCUUCUUGGAGGGAUUGCAGAAAUUGUGGGGAUUAAAUUUUUAUAAUCUAUAAAUGCUUGUCUUGAUU